CAUAUGAAAAAAAGUGCGCAACAAACGUUCUCCGUAAGUCUUUGCAAAUAUUUGUUUGCUAAGGAUCAUUUACAUAGAGAUAAGAUGCAUACUGAAGUAUUGUUCUUGCAAAAAAUACGGUAAAUCACCGUUAUACCACAUUUUACCUUUGUCACAUUUUAAAUUUAGUACGUGCUCAAAAAGAUUUUCCAAUGUAUUCUGGAUAUGAACAAGUUAGGAGAAAAAAUCCCCGGCAAACAUCAAAUUUAUUUUCUUUUUUGACAUUUGGUUAUACAAUCUCUCUCUUCAGGAAGGGUUUUAGAGGCAACUUACAAGAAAGUGACAUUUACGAGGUGCCCAAAUUUUGUAGCUCUAAAAGAUGCGGUGAUAAAAUUUCUAGCGACUGGACUUAUUGCUCUACUGUACUGAAAUUACUUUUGAGAUCAUUUGGACGAAAAUAUUUUUUAUACAGCACUAUACAUUUAACAUGGCACUUGCUAAGCAGUACAAUACACCCUUAUGCAAUCAGUCAUUUUAUUUCAUAUUUCCAAACAAAUCAAACGAAAAUUUCAAGAUCAGACGCCUACUAUUACGGAGGAAUUGUUAUAUUUCUGUCUGUGUUUAGGAAUCUAUGGAUAUUUAAUUAUUUUAUGUUGGAAUGCACCCUUGGAAUCCAGAUUAGAGCUUCUCUAUCUUCUCUAAUUUAUAGGAAAGUUAUCUCCCUUCGACCAGAACAAACUAGAGGAUCAAUGGGGAGUGUGGUUACAGUACUGACAAAAGACAUCAGGACUAUUCAGACAGCCAUGUGGCCUUUAAGCGAUCUUUAUGUGGGAAUUAUAAAACUGAUUUUUUUGACCUAUUUAUUGUAUGUAAAGAUUGGUCCGAUAUCGAUUAUACCUAUAGGAUUCAUUCUUGUAAUUAUUAUAUUUCAAGCUAUCUUAAGCUCAAUAGUCUUGAAGUUAAGACUUCAAGUUGGAAAAUUGACUGAUAUGCGUUUACACUUCACAAGGGAAAUAUUAACCAUAUUGAAAAUAAUAAAAAUGUAUACGUGGGAAACUUUUUUUCAUAAAAGGCUUUGUGAAGCACGAAAGAAAGAAACAAAAGCAAACCUAAAAACCUGGUAUUUGGGUAGUUUUAUCAUAGCAUUUGGGACAUUAAUUGGAAAGCUUCUGUUUCCACUUUUCUUGUUGAUGUAUCUGUCGUUGGAUUACUCGAUAAAUACGGAAUUACUUUAUUAUUUAAUGAGUUUAUUUCAGGAGUACUCUGGUAUAAUUGGAUCAUAUAUUUCCGCAGGUUUGGCACUUACUGCUGAGUUUUAUGCAUCUGUUGUACGAAUAGGACGAGUUUUAGAUAUUCAAGAAAAAUCAAGUAACUUACUGGUUGAACGUUAUGUAGCAGUUGAUCAAGAAAAUCAUAUGAACCAAGAAACGCCAAAAAUUGAGCUCGACAAUAUCUCUGUUUCUUUUUCUGAAGAACGGAUUUUGGAUUGUUUAACCAUAUCAAUAAAUAGUCCAGGCUUAUACAUUUUAACUGGCCCCCUGGGAUGUGGAAAAUCUUCUGUACUUAAAGUAAUUCUAGGCGAAUAUCGCGUAAAUUCUGGAACAGCUAACAUAAUAGGAGACAUAUCGUAUGCAUCUCAAGAUCCCUGGAUAUUUCCAGCUACCAUUCGACAAAAUAUUUUGUUUGGUCAAAAGUUUGAUAGUGAUAGAUACGAAGAAGUCCUAGAGGUAUGCUGCUUACAACACGAUAUUAAAUUGCUACCUAAUGGGGACAAUUCAAUAAUCAUAGAUGGAGGAAUGAAUUUGAGCAAAGGUCAACAAGCUAGGAUAAACCUAGCAAGAGCCAUUUACAAAUCGAGCGAUAUUUAUCUUUUGGAUGAUCCGUUGACCUGUCUGGAUGUAAAGGUCCAAAGCGAAAUAUUUUUAAAAUGCUUUAGAAGAUUCCUUAAACGAAAAAUUGUCAUACUGGUUACCCAAAAUUCCAAACACUUCAAGUAUGCCAGCGAAGUAAUUGUAAUGAAACGAGGAGGGAUAAAGUUGGUGUCUAAAUCUGAUGAUGUUGAUCACAUUGAAAGUGUGACACCCUUUGAAGAAGAUAUUAAAGAUGAAAAUUUAGUUAAUUUUGAUAUUAUGCCACAUACAAAUAUAUACCAUGAAGACAAACAAAUUGGCUCUGUAGAAUCUAAAAACUACUACAAAUACAUCAAAUAUGGCGGUGGUAUCUUCACUUUUAUAAUUCUUCUUGCGGUGUUUUUUGGAGCCCAACUCGCAGAGAGUAGUGCUGAUAAGUUACUUUCAAAAUGGGUCGAUUAUCAACAAGUUUUAUUAAACACAACGUUUAGCAACAAAUCAACCAUAACCCAAACAGAAGAACUAAGUUUCCAAAGAGAUAAUACUUUUGAUUUGUACAUUAUAUUGAUCAUCGUAUCAACGAUAAUAGACUUGCUAAAAUCAUACGGAUUCUUGCUUUACUGCAGAAGAGCAUCCAUAAAGCUACACAAAUUGAUGUCGAGUAGCGUUAUUCACUGCCUCAUGACCUUUUUGGAUAGUCAUUUCAUUGGAAACAUUUUAAACAGGUUUUCGUACGAUUUGGACCAAGUAGACGAAGUUUUUCCCUUUCACUUCCAAGAUGUUAUUAUUGCUGCAUUUGCUGUUGCCGGUACUCUAAUAUUAUUAGUGUCAGUUAAUGUGAUAUUCUUGGCCAUAUCUUUGCUGUUUUUUACCACUCUAGGACUUUUAAGGAUGUUCUAUAUUCCUACAGCCAGAGCUCUUAAAAGACUGGAAGCAAUAACUCGGAGUCCAUAUAUUGGCCAUCUUAAUGCCACCGUAGAAGGAUUAUCUACCAUCCGGGCAUUUAAAGCCCAAGAUUUACUUAAAGACGAAUUUGAUAAACAUCAAGAUUUAGCUAUUUCAGUUGGUUACAUGGAAACUACGACCGCUUUAGCAUUCGGUUACGCUCUCAAUUUAACCUGUUCAGUAUUUAUCAGCAUAGUCGUGCUAACUUUUUUGUUUAUCAACCCAGAAACUACAGUAGGAAAUGUUGGCUUAGCACUGACGCAAAUUAUAACAAUGUCAUCUAACUUACAAUGGAUAAUCAGAGCGUGGGCAUUAAUUGAACAAUGCAUGACUUCGGUGGAAAGGGUAGUAGAAUACACCGAUAUAGCUCAAGAAGAAAAAUCCCGGCAAGGAAACCGUUCCAAAUGGCCUAUCAAUGGUCAAAUUAUUUACAAAGAUAUGAAUUUACUCUACGGUGAUGGCAAUAAGGUUUUAAAAGGAAUAAGUUUCACUAUUAAAGCCGGAGAAAAAGUGGGAAUUGUGGGUCGAACUGGAGCAGGAAAGUCGUCUAUCGUGUCCACAUUAUUGAGACUGUAUGAUUAUCAAGGAACUAUCUAUAUUGAUACAUAUGAUAUAAGUAAAAUGCCUCUGAGUUUACUUAGAAGUAAGAUAUCGGUCAUUCCGCAGGAUCCUAUAAUUUUUGCUGGUACUGUACGUCAGAAUAUUGACCCAUUUGAAACACAUCUAGACAAAGACCUAUGGAGAGUUAUAAAGAACGUACAGCUUGAAUACAUAAUUGUAAAUCUGGAUGAAAAUAUUUACGAUUUAAAGCUGAGUAUUGGCCAAAAACAACUUUUGUGCUUGGCACGGGCUUUACUCAGAAAUAACAAAAUCGUUGUUAUGGAUGAACCGACAGCUAAUCUGGAUAACGAAACCGAUAGGCUGGUGCAUAACUUAAUUAGUAAAUACUUUAGCGAGUGUACUUUAAUAAUGAUAGCUCAUAGGUUACAUUCUGCGCUCGGCUGCAAUAAAGUCAUUGUAAUGGAAAAUGGCGAGAUUGCGGAGUUUGAUGAGCCGAAGAAGUUAAUGGAAAAUAAGGAAAGUCUUUUUCAUAAUAUGAUGAAAAUUAUUGAUUAAAAUGUUAUUAUGGACCUAGUAGUUAUUAGAAUUAUUUAUGCACUUUUUUAUAGUUUAGAGAUGUAAUUAAGAAACUUGAAAGUAAUGGCUCCAAGAUUUGUUAAUGAAAAUCUUUUUAAUUGUAUUCGAUUGAGCAGCACAUCACUUAAAUCUAUCAGAGUAAAAAACUCGUUAAAGUGUGGUCUAGAAAAUUACCUGUUCUUUCCAAAAUGUUGGAGAGUCCAUACACAAGUAAAUAGUAAAAAAAAUAGUUAUACAUAGUAAUAACUUACUAACAAUUCACCAAUCUAGGUUUCGCGCUGGUCAUAGCAUAUCAACUGCCUUGGCAAUCUUAUCCUAAAAAUACGGAUUCAUCGAGUUUUGCCUCUAUUUAUGCCCAUGAGGCCACCAUACUGUGGUAUAAUAUUGACCUGUAAAACAGGGUGAAAAUUCAUCACUGUAUAUUACAUAUUCUCUGUAUAAAUAAAUGUUGGUUCGACUCUAA